AUGGGCUUCAGUUUGAGCUUCUGUGGGUGGGACAGGGGCCUCUGUGGGGAGGGCAGAAGGGACCUCUUCAGGGACAGUCUGUUCUUCUGGUGCAGCUGGGACAGGUUCUUCCUCUGGGGCAGCUGGGGCCUCUUCAGUGGAAGGUUCUUCCUCAGGGACAACUGGAAGACCUUCUGGGUCCAGAACAGCUUCUUCGUCUUGAGAAACUGGAAAACUGGAGCAGCUUCUUCCUCUGGAACAGUUUCUUCCUCCGGGACAACUGCAAUAACUUCCUCCUCUGAAGCAGCUGGAGCCUCUUCAGGAACAAGCUCUUCUUCUGGUGCUGCUGGAGCCUCUACAGGAACAAGCUCUUCUUCUGGUGCAGCUGGAGCCUCCACAGGAACAGGUUCUUCUUCUGAUGCAACUGGAGCCUCUACAGGAACAGGCUCUUCUUCUGGUGCAGCUGGAGCCUCUACAGGCACUAGCGCUUCUUCUGGUGCAGCUGGAGCCUCUACAGGAACAGGCUCUUCUUCUGGUGCAGCUGGAGCCUCUACAGGAACUAGCGCUUCUUCUGGUGCAGCUGGAGCCUCUACAGGAACAGGUUCUUCUUCUGGUGCAAUUGCAGCCUCUACAGGAACAGGCUCUUCUUCUGGUGCAACUGCAGCCUCUAUAGGAACAGGUUCUUCUUCUGGUGCAGCUGGAGCCUCUUCAGGAACAGGCUCUUCUUCUGGUGCAGCUGGAACCUCUACAGGAACUAGCGCUUCUUCUGGUGCAGCUGGAGCCUCUACAGGAACAAGCUCUUCUUCUGGUGUAGCUGGAGCCUCUACAGGAACAGAGUCUUCUUCUGGUGCAGCUGGAGCCUCUACAGGAACAGAGUCUUCUUCUGGUGCAGCUGGAGCUUCUUCAGGAACAGGCUUUUCUUCUGGUGCAGCUGGAGCCUCUACAGGAACAAGCUCUUCUUCUGGUGCAGCUGGAGCCUCUUCAGGUACAGGCUCUUCUUCUGGUGCACCUGGAGCCUCAACAGGAACAGGCUCUUCCUCUGGUGCAGCUGGACCCUCUACAGGAACAGGCUCUUCCUCUGGUGCAGCUGGAGCCUCUUUGGGAACAGGCUUUUCCACUGAAGCAGCUGGGUUGGCAGGAGGAUCUUGGUCCUGAGUGGAUGCAGCAGCUUUCUCAUUGACAAUGUCAACUACAUUAGGGGCUAUAGGUAGUUCCACAUUUUCAGCCUCUGCUGCUAUUUGUCCAACUCCAACAA